UACUAUUAUUUUCCGAAGAUGAACGGCGUGACGAGAAGUCUGUGCACAUUUGAGGACAUCCGAAAUGAAGAGAGAUACGGGGAGGGGUGCAGGCGACUGCGGCUCACACUGCACGACCAGAACCAGGCAGCGAGGAGCACCGAGCAGCCCGGGACCAAGCCAAUCGGACGGGCAUUUGCGCUGGUACAGCCGGCCAACGAGAGAACAGCUCUGACUCUUGAACCAAUCAAACCUACAGACGAGAAGGUGGAGGUGAUCAAGGUGUAUCUAGAGGCUCGUAGACAGGAACAGCAGAGACACCAACAGAGCCUGAAGAUGCUGUCAGAUGAAGUUUCACAGAUACAAGAGGUGAGAUACUGCCUGAAGACACUGAGGGAGCAGAUGGCAGCUAAGAAUAAGUCCCACACCAACGGAUGGAAAGUCAGCUCUCCUUUCAAAAAGAGUGCCUCGUCGGGCCCUAAGGGAGAUGCUAAAGGUGACGGACAGGAAGUGGUUGAUGAAGCAGAGAGAAACAAACUGAGGGAAGUCAGUAAGCGCUUGUAUGCACAGCUCCAAGAAGCUGAGAAGAAACACCAGGAGGAGAAGGAGAGACUGCAGGCUGAGGGCAGUGAGCUGAAGCAGCGUCUCAGCGACCAGGAGGAGAAGCUGAAGAACAUCGAAGAGGUCAGCGAGAGGAAGGACAAGCGCAUCGAGGAGCUCCAGAGGUUGCUGGGUGGGAUGGAACAGGAGAGCGCCACCCUGCGGGAGACCAUCCGCAACCGCGAGGAGGAACUCCGGGAGCUGCGCAAAAUGAGAGAGGAGGGCCAGAAGGGGGAACAGAGGGCAGAGCAGUUGGAGAGGGAAGUAGCUGUUCUGAAAGAGAAAAUCCACCAUCUGGACGACAUGCUCAAGAGCCAGCAGAGGAAAGUCAGACACAUGAUCGAACAGCUCCAGAACUCACGGAUGGUGAUCCAGGAACGGGACCGCGUGAUCCGAGAGCUGGAGGAGAAGGUGGCUUUCCUGGAGGCCGAGAACCGAGAGAUGCACGACCAGAUGGAUUACUUCCUGGGAGGACAGAGUUCAAACUCCUAUCUCUCAUCAGAGCGCAACCCCCAGAUCGUCUACAGUAAACCAAUCAAGCCGUCCACCUCAUCUAACAAGCCGCUCCCUUUCAUCAAAGUCAUUGAGAUCAAGUCCUGAACUGGAGGAGGGAGACAUGACAAGAGGGAGGAGGGCUCAGAAACACCAAACCUUUUUGCAACAGUGAACCUGGACUGAAACCAGACCACAAUUCUACUAAAACCACGUUUAUGUUUGAGGCGUCAGCGUUGAGACGGUCGUAGCAACACAGGCAACACAUCCACCAAGCACUCAGCCUCGAGGCCACACAUCUCUUGAAGGAAAUUGUGCAGCACGUUUGUCUGCACACAUGCACAUGUGUGUGUCUGCUCGUGUCGCAUGUGUGUGUGCAUAUGCAUGAAUGAGCGUGUGUUUGGGCUUUGAUGUAGAUACAUUAGGCAUACUGAUUGAACUGAUCUGCACUGCACAUGUAGAACUACAUACUGUAUGUAAACAGUUUCCUCUCCCAUCCUUGUUUUGAAUUCAUUUGUUAUGAAGCAUGAGGCCGUGACCAGUGAUGAAACGUCCUCUGACAGUACGGAGCACUUUUUCCGCAGGUGACAGAAUUAGCUGUGUCAUAUCAAACAGACAGUGUUGUUCAAAGUGCAGGAUGCUUAACAUUUUGGAACAUGAUCUUUAGAAAGGAUAAGAAAAACUCACUAGUCUAAGUCAUGACAGGAAGGAGAGAGGAACCUAACAAACUUAAACAAGCUGGCGAGCUUCAGACUGAUCUGAGUAUGACCGCUAUUCUCACUGUUAACCAGUAAUUCAUGAAGGAUAAAUAGUUUAAUAAAAAAAAAUCUCUAGCCUACAUAUUAACCCAGUGAUCUAAACCCUGUAGCUCUGUGUUCUCGUGUUCAGUAUUUACCUCUCCGUACUCAUCUUUGACAAUUCUGUUCACUUUUAUAAGUGAACAAUGCAACCUUUUGUCCUCUUGUAAAUACUCACUGUCGCCUACACAAGGCCACCACCCUCCAUAUUGAUUUUGAUAAGUAUUUAUUCUGUGGUUUGAAGAGAGUUGUUUUUAAUAAGAGCAUGGCUUUGAAGCACCCAACACUGUAUGAUAAUGUGAGAAGUCUUCAGAGAAAAUGAACGAUGACAGUCGUGAAGGCAUUUGGCAAGAUUAUUGCCCCUCAUUAAAACAUCCAAAUAAUGAGAAUACAACACUGUCAAUAAUGCAUUUCAAUUCUCGGACAUUGUAUAUAAGUAGUCAUAUUUUUUGUACAUAACUUUCAUUGUUUUUGUUUGUGAUUUGCUGUUCUAAUUUCCACCUAAAAUGACAAUCUUCUUCUUUAUAUCUAUUUAUAUUGAAUAAAAAACAUUUUAGAUUUGUGACACAAGAGAUUUGUGUGCAGUAUGUGUGGCUAUAUCAUCUGCAUUUGUGUUUUGUUUAUGAGAAUAAAUUU